AGACAGAUUGGAGAGAAUAGCAGAGAGAGCUAGAGAAAGGCAGAGAGGGAGGGAGGGGGAGAGAGAGGUGGAGGCGAGAGUAGAAAGGGAGAGAGAGCUAGAGAGAGCGGAGAGGGAGGCAGAGAGAAAGCCAAAGCAGGAGGGUGCGCGGAGCACAGACAGCGCUUGGAGCGAUGGGGUGAGGGCUGGAGCCAGCAGAGGCAGAGCGGGGCGGCGGGCGCCCGCCAUCCAGGAUCCAAGGGCGCCAAAGGCUCCGGGUUCAGCGGCGCACCGGGGCAAGAGGUGGCGCGCGGAUCCAGGAAUCAGCUGCGCGCCCAGGUGCCUGCCCCGGUGGUGGCGCGGAGUCCGGGGUGGCUGCGCGCCCAGGUGUCUGCCCAGGAAGCAGCGCGGGGUCCGGGGUGGCUGCCCCGGGCUGGUGCGGUGCUUCGGGUUUGCUGCAAGCUCCGACGCCUGCCCCGAGAGGUGGCGUGGGGAUCCGGCGUGGCUGCACGCUCCCCGGGGAGCUAUGGCGGCUGGGGCCGGGGGUCGCCGGGCGGCGGCAGCGCCGCGGAGAGGCUGAGCCGGCAGCAGGCUGCGCCAUGGCGGCGCCGGGUUGCGGACCCUGAGCGCCGGCGGCGGGCGCGCACCAUGAACUCUUGGGACGCAGGUCUGGCGGGGCUGCUGGUGGGCACGAUGGGAGUCUCGCUGCUGUCCAACGCGCUGGUGCUGCUGUGCCUCCUGCACAGCGCCGACAUCCGCCGCCAGGCGCCGGCGCUCUUCACCCUGAACCUCACGUGCGGCAACUUGCUGUGCACCGUGGUCAACAUGCCGCUCACGCUGGCCGGCGUCGUGGCGCAGCGGCAGCCGGCCGGCGACCGCCUGUGCCGCCUGGCCGCCUUCCUCGACACCUUCCUGGCCGCCAACUCCAUGCUCAGCAUGGCGGCGCUCAGCAUCGACCGCUGGGUGGCCGUGGUCUUCCCGCUGAGCUACCGCGCCAAGAUGCGCCUCCGAGACGCCGCGCUCAUGGUGGCCUACACGUGGCUGCACGCGCUCACCUUCCCGGCCGCCGCCCUCGCCCUGUCCUGGCUAGGCUUCCACCAGCUGUACGCGUCCUGCACGCUGUGCAGCCGGCGGCCCGAGGAGCGCCUGCGCUUCGCCGUCUUCACCGGCGCCUUCCACGCGCUCAGCUUCCUGCUCUCCUUCGUCGUACUCUGCUUCACGUACCUCAAGGUGCUCAAGGUGGCCCGCUUCCACUGCAGGCGCAUCGACGUGAUCACCAUGCAGACGCUGGUCCUGCUCGUGGACAUCCACCCCAGUGUGCGGGAACGCUGUCUGGAGGAACAGAAGCGGAGGCGGCAGCGCGCCACCAAGAAGAUCAGCACCUUCAUAGGGACCUUCCUGGUGUGCUUCGCCCCCUACGUCAUCACCAGGCUGGUGGAGCUGUCCUCCACGGCGUCCAUCGGCUCGCACUGGGGGGUGCUGUCCAAGUGCUUGGCCUACAGCAAGGCCGCGUCGGACCCCUUCGUCUACUCCCUGCUGCGACACCAGUACCGCAAGACCUGCAAGGAGAUUCUGAACAGGAUCCUCCACAGACGCUCCAUCCGCUCCUCGGGCCUCACAGGCGACUCUCACAGCCAGAACAUUCUGCCCGUGUCUGAGUAAAGGACGACACCCCCGCUGCUGGAUGAGACCCCCGCUGGAGAGAAGGAAGGGCGGGCUGGGGGCUGCUGGGUGGACAGCGCUCACGGCCAACCUCCCAGCAAGCUCAGCCAUCCCGGUUCCCGGGAUUGGAGGGGCCCCGGGCCUGCUUCCUGGCUCCCCACGGGCGGAUGCUCAACCGCCCCCUUUAUCACCGAUGGGUGCCGUGGGCUGUGCUCGGGCCGCUCUGUCUGAGACGAUCCUUGGAGAUGCUGGACUCACCAGGGCUCCCCGGAGGCUGGCACUCCGUCCAGUCAUCACUGUCCAGGAUGCAGAGAGCUGGUGGCAGGUGGAAGCGUGGUGUCCACCUGCUUGCUGACCACUGGGUGUGGGUGAUCUCCCUGGGCCACUCGGGUCACGCAGAAAGAGGCCAGUGGUGGCCAUCCGGCCCCAGGUCUAGUAUGGCGACUCCUUCCCACCUGGCAGCAGUGGCUGCUUCAAUCCAGAUGCCACCAGCUGACACCAACUAAACCAUUCCCAGCUGGGGUUCUCGGGCUCCGCUCAAGGGGAACCUGUUUAACAAUCAGUGGCUGUCCCAUCGCUGCCAAGGAUGGGACAGGAUGCAUUUUGUCACUCUCCCCAGCCAAGAGCUAACGUUUGUGUGGACAGUCUGAGCAUGAAAACAGGCUCAGGAGGCGGGUGAUCAGCCAGUCCACGGGUUAGCUUCUUGGGGGUCUCUCCAGGAGGCUGUCUGCUUCCAGUGUUCGUGUCACAGCCGCUGGAGCCCAGUCAAAGCAGGAGGAUGGUGGCUUACUGGGCUUCCCCCUCCCCGUUUGUGACCCGAAUCUGCAGGCCGUGUUUCCACUUGUCUGGCACAGCCUGCGAGACAGACAGGGAAGAACCGCAGGGCAGGGACGUGGCCUUGACGUUCCUGGCGCUGGGUUCCUGCGUCCUGGUGGUUGAUACCUGCGGUUUCCCAAAGGACUGACAGACCCAGGGGCUGUCCAAUGAUCAAGAGAGUGCCCCGUGCGAGGGAGGGGAGGGAGAUUCUGUAGCGUGCUGUGAUGCGUGCCAGUCCGUCAGCAGCCCCCCAUCUCGAUUUCAUAAGAAGCAGGGGAGGGGGCCGUGCUUUCUGCCCACCCAUCUUUGCUCACCAUUGCAUUUCCCAGCCACUCGUGAACGCCAGGAGGAGUCAUUCCUCCGUUCCCUACUCUGCCGUGCAGAGUGAGGCCGCUGCUCCCUGCCAGCUCCGUGGGCCCCAACUUUGCAGGAGUGGGGGAGGAAGUCUGUUGGCGUGCACUGACAGGUGCCCCAGUAUUUGAGGGUGGAGAAGCGUCUUCAUGUCUCUUUGGAACAAUGGCAUCUGAUUAACCCAUAGAUCCUCAUUUAGAAAACAACUCGGCCUGGCCUUGUCUAGCUUCAGGUUUCCAUGGAGACUAGGACGUAUGAGUACACAGCUUCUGCCGGUGGCUCUGACGUCUUCCCGUCGCUGUUGGAGGUGUGCUCAUACCUUCCCUGGGGCAGCCAACGGCCUGCGUCCCUUCCCGUGUCUGAGUUAGUAGCUUGAAAUCAGCCGUGGCGGGAGUUUUUAUCCCAUGAAAAUCAGUAAAAACUAUACAUCGGGCUUUUCCGCAAUGGAGGGGCAGUUGUUAAAGAUCCAUUAGACUGUGUGCCCUCAGAGAGCUGGUUGUUGAAGCUACACCAACACACCACCGCCAGCAUGACCGUGUGUCACGGAAAUGCCACUGCUCUGGGUCAGAGCUCUUGGGCCACUGGACCUCGAAUGAUGGCAGAUGUUCUCGUGUGUGCGGUCUUGCUCAGGACAAGCAGUGCUCACCCUCCAGCGCCCCAACACAAGGCCCACUGGGGUUGCAAACAGGAAGUCACGGCAGUGUGCACAACUGAAUCUGACAAGAGUGUCUCUCUGUCCGCACAAAUACUCCCAGAGCAGGGUGAAGCGUGGGCGGCUGGAGGAUGAGGUUGGGAGACAGGCAAGCUCGGGUGGCAAAACACAUCUGCGUCAGUGUCAGGUGCAGGGGUGAGUGUGGCGCAUCCUCUCUCUGGCCGCUCCGCAGAGACCACACCCCACUCUCUGGGAACAAGUGUCUCUUCCUCUCCCACAGAGAGGAAGCAAAAGCGAUUACCCAGCAUCUUUAAAAGAUGCAUUUCAUAAUUUCCCCCCAAACUGCUUAGAAACCAAUAAAACCAGUUCUGUUGGCACCGUGGAGACGGAGACUCCAGGUAAGCCCAUUGAUGUCUUUAUUUGACAGACACAGGCAUUAAAACUCGAGGGGAAGUAAGAAGAAAAGCCGCUGCAUUAGCAAGUCAGCACCAAGCAGCAGUACUCCAAUUACUUUUAGAUACGUGUUGGUGUUCAUCUCUCGCCGUCCAUAAAGACUUCCCCCAGCUUCCUCGUUCCCGGCUGAAUUAUCUACCUCAUUUUGGUCAUUUAAUUCACCAGACAUCACAUGGUUUUCUCAGGUACAACACGUUCAGGCGCCGAGAUUCUUAGCGCUUAGGUCAAGGGCAUGAGGCACCUGCUUGACUUGAAGCUAGCGUGAGGCUUGAAGUUCAAGGCUCCAGCGCUGAUGAGAAUUGUAAGCAUUUUAAUGAUGAAGCUUGGAAGCAAAGCCUUGGGAGGAAAGGCUUUUUGGAUUCCUGGAGCCACACGAGGGCUCCGUUCCUACCCCGGCAUCAUCAGAAUCUGCCCUGCUUAGCCACUCUGUGACCAUUCUAGCUUUUCCGUAGGCCUCCUCUGGAUGGAAGGGACCUCAGGCCCCUGGGGCUCCAAGGGGGCAGUCCACGCAGCGAGCUUGGGGCAGGUGGCUCAUGGGGGUCUGUCCUCCCACAGAGAGCCCACCUGUCUGUACUUAGACGUCAGACGGGGUGGGCGGCCCCUGGAGUCCCAUCUCACUGACCGCGUGUCACUCUGCGACCAAGCUCAGCUCCCCGUCACCGUGAGCAAUAAACCCCUCACCUCCUGUCUGUGACAUUAAUUUUCUUUCUCAUGGUGCCUUCCUUUCUAAGGUGGAAAGAAUGCAGCCAAGGUCCUGUCCUGGUUGACGCCCUUGUACCUGCCUGCCUGCGGGUAGACAGCACCCCCUCCUGGCUGGGUUGUGAGUCCUCGGAGGAACCAAAGGCUGAGCCUUGUUAGAAUAAGACUCACACGCAGGAUAAACUAAUUUGCCUGAUUUGCAUGAGGGUAUUUUAUCAGGAGCCAAAAUUCUCCCCGGCCAGUUUGUGUCCUUUGAACGGUGAGCAGCGCAGGGAAGAAGAGAUCCAGCUAGCUCUGGGGCUCCCACUACUUUCCAGAAGAUUCUAGCCAUCAGCAUGGAGCUGUUGGCUCUUCAAGUUGACACAGGCGUCACCGUGGGAGACAGCUGAUAAUGCAGAUUUCGGUAUCCCUUCCUCAGAAGCCAGGACCCGGGGUUCUGUCUUUCCAGCCAUCUGUGCCCAGUCACAAACGUGCAUGGUCUUCAAGGGGCUCCCAAGGGCUCCUGAGUCUGAACCUGGUGGGGACCUGGGGAUUUUCAGACACCUGAGUUUCAACAUUCUUGCAUCUUUCCCUAAUUCUCCAAAGAGUUCAGCUUCCAGCCUUCCCCCACCCCCAGUGGCUGGGUCAUUUUGUUCUGAGAGAGACAAAAAUUGAUCUCUCCAUGACAUUUUGAGCAGGCCCUGGCCCGACAGCAGGAGCUGCCCACCCUCCCUGCGAAGACCUUCACAAAGCAGCUUCGUUCCUCUCUGGGUUCUUGAGGCUGUAAGCGCAGGUGUUGAGGGAGACGCGGGCAGAGGCCAGCAGAGCCGUGACACCUCGGUAGAGAAAAGUAGCUCUGGCACUCAGAGGGGACCCUUGGGGCACCUGCUUCAGUCUCACCUGGCUGCCAGAGGCGGUGGCAUCUGCCGCCACUGGCGCUAACCAGGGCCUCGCCCAUCAGCUCCCCCCACCCCCUUUCCCGAGCCUCAGAGCCAGGCGCUGAGCCGUGCUGGCGCAGGGUCCGGGAGAGGCAGCUCUGGAUGCCAUUCCCUGGGUGUGGGCCACAAGUUGGUUCGCAGCUUCAUCCGGCGUGGCUUCCCCUCCAGGUCCCCCGGAGGUGGGUGAUGGUGACGGUGGUCCCCCAGCCGCAGAGCAGGCGCUGGGCUCUGUGCUGCAUGUUUGGGGCGUGUUUCCAUCAGUCUCCACAACAACGCGAUGAUGCAGGCGCUGUGCUCAGCCCCCUUGUACCGCUCUGUGGGCUCUGGAGGCCUGAAGGCAGACACUUGAGGGAGACCUGAGGCAGGACAGUGUCUGGUCUGCAGACGGGCAGGCCGGGAAUGCCGGGAAGCGUCCCCAGCUUCACCUGUCGAGGGCGGUUCUAGGCUUGGAGGACGUCGUUCUGGUGCUCAGAUCCUGUACUGACGCCCACCUCGGAGAGUGGGGCCCUGGGAGCCCCACUGCCCGUGGUCACCUUUUGCUUGGGAAGGGAUCCUCUUGGCUUCUGCUCCGUGUGGGCUUCUAAGGCAAUUCUGGGGGAGGGGCUUCGGGGCGCUCUCUGUGCCCAGAAUCAGGUUCACGGCCUUCUGACCCACAGGGCUCUACCCAGCUGAGCCCCUUCGGUGCUGAGGGCUCAUGGCCACCCUGGGCUUUCUGGCAGCUCUGGACCAGUCGCUUCCACGAGCUCCCAUGGGAAGCAGCAUUUCCCUGGCCCCGAUAUGAGCCUCCUCCCGCUUUGCAGCCAGGAGCGCCCACACAGAGGGCCGCCGCGUUGGCUCCAGGACCCGGCUGAGCCGGAUGCGGGAGAGGCGAAGGGGUGCAUGGCCUCCCCUUUACUCUCGCAGCUCCCCUGCCUUACCCACUGCUCCCGCUUCCUACACGUCCAAGUAGCCUUUAGACCCCCGGCGAUGUCGUCUGACCCAGGCCAGCUGGUGGCUGAAGUCCUGACUUAGCCAAAGGAGGGUGGCAGGACCUCAGGCUUGGGGCGGGGGUGUCAAAGGCCUUCUCCUUCCACCAGCACUGGACAAAGGGUUAGGGCCAGGCAUUUUUGGGGGUCAGCUGCCUAGAGGAGAGGAGUUGCAGGUUCCAGGGAAGGGAACUGUCCAACUCCCCAUGGACUUGGGCCCCUGGUGGCUGUACUCAGCCUGACCCAGACCUCACCACAGGGAGUCAUUUGCCAGGGGGUCUUGGGGAGUGUCAGGUGGCAAUCAAAAUCAAUCAGAAAGGUGACAGCACUCACCUGUUGCUCCUCAGACAUUGAUGGGGAACCUUCUGUACGCCAGGUACUGGGCUGGGCUGAGCUGGGCUGGGGACAGGACGAGUGACUGUUGUACAGUGGGUGAGCUGGGCUGCCCCAGGGUGUUCUCAGUUCUGUCGGGUGCUGGGCAGGACUGGGGAACUCGACUGGUGGAGAAGGAGGGUUCUGGAAGGCCUCACAGAGGCAGUGACAUUUGGACCAGAACGGACAGUGCAGAUGAGCACGUGGCGAGACACACAGGAGGUGUGCACCUGCCUGGUGAGUGACAGCUUCGCAAGUGUCCAGGAUAGUGCCUGGGAGCGCCCAGAAGGGAAACGCCUCCCAAGAGAUGGUGAAAGUGACCACAGCCGUGGCCAGCGGGAGGGGUGGAGGCCUUGGCGUGGGACGUGGGGAGGAUCCACCUAUCUUUAGCCACCAGAAGCAAGGAAGGGAAGAGGGGAGGGAAGGAGGGCGAGGUGAAUCGUGUUUACUCUGAGGAGCAUUCGCUUCCGCGCUUAGGAACUUAGUUCAUUCUCAAGACACCAACCACGUUUGGCCAAGGGACAUCUUCCAACAACACCCUGGGUGGGGACAAGGGGCACCUUGACGUGACUGUCAGUGCAGCGUCCUAGAGGCCAUUGCCACCUCUCCCUGGGAACAAGUGGGAGAACUCACAUGGCGGCAACACCAUGCUCGCGCUGCUUGGAGAUGUGACACCCACACCCCUGGCGGGCGUGGGGCACCUCCCUCCUGCGUGUGUCCUGAAAUACGGAUCUGGCAUUCAGAGCACAGGGUCACAGCUCUGUCCUAGCAGUACUUGGCUCGUCACAUCUACCCAGAUUCAAGGACUUUAAAGAGAACUUUAACUUCUGACACAGAAGACUGUGGGUGCCCCUUUGGGCAUGCGUGCGCUCUUAGGAACACGACGCGUGCAUUUCCUGUGUCCUCUCUCACGUGUGCCCAGGGUGCGCUCAGUGUCACACUCACACUUCGGUAUGGAAAAGUCACAGCACAUCAUCGACAGAACCCAGAUCCAUCACGUGGUGGCCUCCAACAGCCACUCUGUUGGAGUGGACUCUGCACCUGCGGGCAGGAAGGUCACUUUGAAUCCUGGUCAUCAGCAAAUCCUCUUCAAAGCCCAGGCGUCAGUUGUCCCUGGGGUGGGCGGAGCUCUGGGUGUCACCACCCGCCUGCUCUCUGCUGAUUGGGAGGCAGGACUCAGCCAGAGGGACUGCCCACACCUGCUGAGACGCCCGUUGCCCACCUCCACGGGCUCCACUCGCCAUUGCCUCGCAUUCGACUCAUUUCUGACCACAUUUCUGCUCUAAUUAUUAACAGUCACUAAACCCCCUGCUCAAAAACCUUGGAACACCACAUUCCAUCCCAAACUGAAGUUGUCAAACCUCAGCAACCAUGUUCUGCAGCUAACAGCUUAAGACAGCUGCUUCUGGAGUGUUGGGGAUGCUGGUGGAGCCUGGUGUCCAGCCAAGCCCCUUCUGGACUGCCCCACUGGACACCAGGCUGGCUCCAGUUCACAGCCUUGGAAGUCCAGUGACAGAUCAGAGAGGUGCCUUGCCUCCCCUCGUGACCACUAGGGCCAUUUUGCGGGAGUGGGGAAAGGCCGGUCUCUAUUCUCUCAGACUCCUCUGGGAGAAGGCAUUUAAAUGUGGCCAGGCAAGGUCAACCACACCCGCCCACGCCUGUUUCCUCAUCCAGUGGAGGAGGCCCCCUGCCACCCUUGCUACGCCUGGGGGCUUGGAGUCACAGGACACCAAAGUCCACUUCUCUGCAUCCCCGGGUGUCCACAGGUGUCACUGUCUUGUGUGUGUGUAUGUGCGCGCGUGCCAAGUGUGGCUGGGGGGGGACUCACACCAUCUGUAGCUUGGGGCGCCCAGAGAGUGCCCAUUGAUUACACAGCAGUAGGGUAUCUGCCUUAAGGAGGCCCAAGGUGUGUGUCAGCUCGGCUAGCCUUCCACGAGGAAACACAGUAUCUGCACACGACAAGAAUGCGUUUGGAGAAAGAAGAGAUAUUUCAGCUCAACGACACAAAGCGCCCGGCGAACAGCUGGGUUCUGCACAGCGUUCGCUGCUUUAACGUCAGACUCAGAGGGAGGCGCUGGACACCUGUGCGUUUGUGUUGGCGAGACGCCGCUCCACGGGUGUCUGCCCACGGAUGAAUGUUCACUCACGCACAUGGCUGCGCACCGAGCAGCAAACGAAUCGCGUCCAAGUUUAGCAUCCUCUUACGUUUGCUGUUGGUGCAGCUUCACGUUCUCCGCCCUGAUCACGUGGAAGGAUGGCUCUGCUCGUUCUCACCGAUGUCACCGGAGCGCCCCUCGGCGUGGCAACGUUACCUGUCACCGAACACGUCUGCCGGCAGCUGUCUUCUGUUGAGACUCCAGCCUUUGAACCUAAGGCCGCUGCCACCUGCUCUGUUUACAAUGGCUUGUGUUUUGUGAGUCAAAUGUUGUACUAUAUUUUUAUGGUAGAAUUGAUGAUUAAUACAGGGAGAAAGUAUACAUUGUGAUUCUGUCCAAUAAAGCCUCCUGUUCUAAAAUCGAA